AUGUCAACUAAGCAAUUUGCCGGGCGUCUUCCGAGCGCUUGGAGACGAACAUUUCACACUUCUCGCUUGUUGAGGAAGCCUAUCAGUGAAAAUGGGACCAGCGCCGAACGAGCGUGGACCAACCCGGCAUAUCAUCAGACGAGGUGGAGCGGGCGCUCCGUGUUUGCUUUGACAGCCACCGCCAGCCUAUUAGGAUUCGGCCUUGCUUCUGCAACACUCCAAGGACCUCCUAAGCGUACUGUCACGCUUUUUGAUAGCAAGACACCAACACCUCAAUACGCAUCUUUGGAUGAGAUGGAAGACGCAUUAAAAGAGAUUCGUCGUGAACUUGCCAAAAAUGGUGAGGAAGAAGACAUCAUAAGCACAGAUCCAGAAGACCUUCUGGCUCAUGGCUAUUCCGAAUGGUCUACAACGAAUCCGGAUGGCUUACCGGUUGCGGUUGUCUAUCCGCGCUCGACAGACCAGGUAUCGAUCCUCGCGCGAGUUUGCCAUAAAUACCGGGUACCCAUUAUCCCCUAUUCGGGAGGUUCGAGCUUGGAAGGGAACUUCUCGGCCCCUUUCGGCGGCAUCAGCGUUGAUUUCGCGUACAUGGAUCAAAUUAUCCAAUUUAACAAAGACGAUAUGGAUAUUGUCGUCCAGCCAAGCAUUGGUUGGCAAGAUCUGAACGAUCAACUAAGCAGAAUGGGUAGCGGUCUUUUCUUCCCCAUUGAUCCUGGCCCAAGCGCCAAGAUCGGUGGCAUGAUUGGUACCAAUUGUUCUGGCACAAACGCAGUUAAAUACGGGACGAUGAAGGAUUGGGUCAUCAACUUAACUGUAGUCUUGGCAGACGGAACUGUCAUCAAGACGCGGAGACGUCCAAGGAAAAGUUCGGCAGGUUACAACCUUAACGGUUUGUUUGUCGGUUCCGAGGGAACUUUAGGCCUUGUUACCGAAGCUACUCUAAAGCUUGCCGUCGUCCCUGAGGAAUUCUCCGUGGCAGUGGUAACUUUUCCUACAAUUCGUGAUGCCGCUUCCGCGGCGGCGGAGGUCAUGCAGACCGGCGUCCCCAUCGCAGCCAUGGAAAUCAUGGACGAGGUCCAAAUGAAAGUCGUCAACUUAGGUGGAGCGACCGCGCCCCGGGUAUGGAAGGAAGUUCCGACGCUCUUCUUCAAAUUCUCAGGGACAAAGACCAGCGUAAAGGAAAAUAUCACCCGCGUUCAGGCCAUUGCCAAGAACAAUAAGGGCAGCAACUUCGAAUUCGCCAAGGAUCUCCGAGAGCAGAAGCUCCUGUGGUCGGCAAGAAAGGAAUCUCUAUGGUCAAUGCUGGCUUUGAGAAAGGAGGGCGAGGAAGUCUGGUCUACCGAUGUCGCAGUCCCGUUCAGCAGGUUGGCAGACAUCAUCGAAGUCAGCAAAAAGGAGAUGGACGACUUAGGUCUAUUCGCUAGUAUUCUAGGCCACAUCGGAGACGGUAAUUUCCACGAGAGCAUUAUCUACAACCGGACAAAAAAAGAUGAACUCGAUAAAGUAGAAAAGUGCGUAAAAAACAUGGUCAAGAGAGCAUUAGACAUGGAGGGGACUUGUACGGGCGAGCAUUCUAUCGGCUGGGGCAAAAAGGACUCGCUCCUAUUAGAGGUUGGCCCAGACACUCUAGGCGUCAUGAAGCAGAUCAAGUCGGCGCUUGAUCCCCUGUGGAUCAUGAACCCGGGCAAGAUCAUGGACUUCCCUUAA